CUAAGUUGGCAAAGUUUGACGCGCCGACUUUCACAGCACAGACUCUUCUGAUAGAAACCAGAAAACUAUUCGGGAUAUUUUCAGUGACUCAACAAAAUGUAUGUACGAUAAGAAGUUCGGCGCCUGUAAGCUCAUGUCUGGCCGUGAACGGAGCUAUAUCACCCUCCACCUGCACUUAAUUGUUUCGGAGUUCUGCUCUCGAUUCCUGUGGGCGCGUAACUUUUUUAGACCAGGAUAAAAACUGGGAUUUUUUUGGGCACUUUGGCAGGCGACAGGACAUCGUCUGCGCCAGGCAGAGAAGUCAACAAGUGCCUCUCAUUUACGGUUAGAGGAGAGAGAGUAUGAGAGCUUGAAGUUGCUGAAUGGAAAGUUAGUGGCUACUUUCUUGGUCGCAGGGUAUUUAGAGUAACAUCUAGUUUGAACCACUGGAAGUUGAGGAGGACAUUUAUUCUUAAGGCGUUUACGAGUUUGUUAUCACAAUGAACGGACCAGUGGUUUUCCAGAUGUGGACGGUUUUACUGUUGGGGACUAUCACCGGGGUCUGCAGGGCUCAGGUCGCCACCGCCAAAGUGCUGAGAGGAAACAUCAGGAGAGACGACAGCAAUCGCCUCACCACAGACUUUUACCGCAAAGAGGAAAACAUCACAGUGACGCCGGUGAGAGGAGCCAUCUACAGCCCACGCUACCCCAACGCUUACCCCCGCAAUCUGCUGUUGUCAUGGAAACUGCUGUCCCCACCUGGGAGCCGCAUACACCUGGAGUUCGACGGACACUUCGGACUGGAGGAGGCUGAGAAUGAGGUCUGCAGGUAUGACUUUGUUGAAGUGGAGGACCAAUCAGAGACCAGCACUAUAAUUUGGGGUCGCUGGUGUGGACAGAAGGCACCGCCUACUCUCAACUCCAAAACCAACAUGCUCAGAGUCACCUUCAAGUCUGACGAUUACUUUGUUGCAAAGCCGGGAUUCAAAGUCUUCUACUCCCUGCUGUAUGAAUCUCCCCGGCCUGCGUCCAACACCAACUGGGAGGCCGUCACCAUGCUCAUGUCGGACAAUGCUGAAGGGCAGAUGCCAGUGGCAGUCACCGAGGUUCCAUUCUCAUUGGAGGAUUUGGACCGGACCAUUGCUGCCUUUGAAACCGUAGAGCAGCUGUUCAGGUCGCUCAGCCCAGACACCUGGAGACAGGACCUGGACAGCAUCUACACUCAAACACACAUACACUAUAGAUCCAGGGCCUAUCAUCUGGCAAGCAGACAGAAUAAAGUUGAUCUGAACCGCCUUUAUGACGACGUCAAGCGCUACAGCUGUACGCCUCGGAAUUACUCGGUGAACCUGAGAGAGGAGCUGAGGGCCACCAACGCCGUCUUCUUCCCCCGAUGUCUGCUGCUCAAACGCUGUGGAGGCAACUGUGGCUGCGGAACGGAGAACUGGAACAACGGCUGUACCUGUCAGGCCUCCAAGACGACUCUCAAACUACACGAGGUGCUGAAGUACGCCCCAGAGGUCAGUCUGCAUCAGCGCCAUCGGAGGCCGGUGAAGGUGCGCUGGGUCAUAGAUGAGAUCUUCCUCACACACCAUGAAAAGUGUGAGUGUGCGUGUCCCUCCCAGCCCCCCCGCUGAGACACCCAGCCUGGGAGGAGCAUCAGGAAAUGAUGGACAAGUUUCUUUUUUAUACAUGUUUUGCAAACGGACUACUUAUAAUUACAGCAACGCAGACACACAUGCAGCAAAGAAGAAGGCAACAAUCUGACAAACGCUGCUCGCAUCGUACACAGGGACAGUUGUUCGUGCAUGUACAGUUAAUGCAUUUACAGCCACAUUUGUAAAUGUUAAGACACAUAUGUUCUUAUUUAAAUUUCCUGGAACUUGGAGUCUUAAGUUUUCCCUAUUGUUCCCUCAAAAAAAUGUAUACAGAAUAAAUACCAUACCAAACUAUGUGAGAAUACACCAACACCGCAUCAAAUUUACAUUCUGAUUUACGAGUUUAAAAGAUGCAAAUGUGAAUUUAAAUGUAACUGUAUGCAACUGCUGUGUUAACAGUAUUCAUUCCUGUUUCAUGUUUAUGUGUUUGCAUUUCUGCUUGAUAUCAAAAGGGUAUUUGCAGAAACUUCAAUCCCUCUGCCAGGAGCAUGCUGAGAUGAGUGAGCGUAAGACAGAAGGAGGGAGGGAGAAGGGUUGGAGGAAGCGUAAACUAAAAUAACACUUUAUCUCAAUGUGAAAUAAGGCUAACCACAACCCUCCAGAACCUACUUGCACACCAGCACACAUUCACACUCCAGGCAAAAGUAUAUUAGCUUUACUGAAUUCUUCACAUUUCUUGCUUUUUUUGUGCAUACAUUCCUGACUGCAUACAUUCAGGCUUCUCUUUGUCUGUCCUUCCAUCCAUAGGCUCUCUGCUCCUCGUGUUUCUUUCUCCCCGACUCCAUGCACACACACUUUCUCUCCCUUCAUCACUCACUUUCACAACACAUCAAAAGAGAUGUCAGAUGAAGCUGUUGCGCUUUGCCUACUUUUCUAUGCGUUCCUGGCAUUCCCACUGCUAACCGGAAUUCUGCUAACACGAAUAAAACCAUGAUCCUCAAGCUCUGAAAACAUGAGGGGAAAAAGCUAUUUUUUUUAAGGAGAGGCUGCUCACAGAAAAUAGACAAUCAAGCCAGCUAUUUGUAGAUUACCAGCACUUCUAGAUGAGAGAUGAGAGCGGAGCCACUUUGCAGAUGCAAUAUAAAAGAUUGCAGCUACUCUAGGCGUUUCAAUCAGCAUGUUUAUAUAUUCAGCUAGCCUGAUUUUUUUUUGUCAAACUGCUUUUUACCUUCUCGCAAAGAUGCUAACAUGUAUCAACCAACUCUGCAGCGGCACCACAGUGAAAAAGAUCUGUGGGAAUUAGACUAAUGUUCUUGGUCUCUGCUGAAAAUAUAAAUUGAGUGUGGUGGUGAGAGAGAGGGCUGUGUGUUACCGCUCAGGAAGAGGUCCUUUUGUUUAAAGGGUGGGGGGGUUACCAACAGUCUGCGAAAGCUGGCAGCCGAUACAACCAGGGGAAUGGUGAGCAUGUGACCGUGCUCGCAAGUGCAUAUGUGAGUGUGUGCAGGUAGCUGGAGUAUCAAAGUAAUAGAGCAAGAAUUCAAAGUAACUGCUUAUCAUUUCCAAACACAUGAUCCAGCUGUGCGGAAUCAAACACAGCAGCGUUAGUCAUCUCUCCAUC